AUGGACACCAGACACUAUCUGGACCUCAUAAUGGUUUACUGGUCUGUUGCUCUGCUCCUGCCCCUGCUGGUGCAGUCUCGCCCUCGCAUCUAUCACGAGGGCCUGCCGAUCGACUGUGAAGAUGUCUUCAAAAACGGAUCGAUUCACGAUGGCGUCUACACCAUCUACCCUGUUGGAGAGGACUCACCUAUGGAGGUGUACUGUGACAUGGGUUGCAGUGAGAAUGAAAACCAUGAAGGGGGCCAUUGGACGGUGAUUCAGAGGAGAAUGGAUGGGAGUGUGAAUUUUGACAGAACCUAUGAUACGUAUAAGGAGGGCUUUGGAUACAAGGAUGGAGAGUACUGGCUGGGUCUGGAGAACAUGCACCUCCUCACACGGGGGCGGGGUUAUGCACUGAGAAUAGACUUGGAGGACUUUGCUGGGGCGAAAGUCUAUGCUCUGUACCCCAACUUCUUUGUAGAAUCAGCAGUGGAUGGGUAUAGACUCCGUCUCUUUGAUUUCACUAAUGGCGGCGCAGGUAAUUCUCUAGCAAAACACAAUGGAAGAUGGUUUUCUACCUUUGAUAAGGAUCAGGAUACCUGGCAUUGGGGGGGUCAAUGUGCAAAAGGUCACUCUAGGGGAGGAUUUUGGUUUCAUAACUGCCUGGAUGCCAACCCAAACGGCCGGUACCAAUGGCGACACUACAAUGGUGACGGUACAAAUGGUGUGUAUUGGUCUACAUGGUCUCCGGCCUCACUGAAGGCCAUUACUAUGAAGGUUAAAAGAGUGUUUCUGGCUGAUGAAGGGUCUAGUUAA